AUGACUUCCUUAACUGAUAGCGGUUAUCGAUACACACGAUUGGAUGAUUUACCUUCGUCUUCAGCAGAAUUCAUUGCUAAUACCAUACAAAAGCAACAGAUAAUAUUGACUGAUCAGGACAGAGACCUGGAAAAAGUAGGCGAUUCUGUACAAGUACUAAAAAAUAUGAGUAGUCGAAUUGGAACAGAACUCGAAGAGCAAUCAAUAAUGUUGGAUGAUUUGAGUACAGAUAUGGAACGGACAGGGAUAAAACUGGAUGAAAUGAUGAAAAAAAUUGCUAAAGUGACCAAUAUGAACGAUGUGUACUGCCCAUGCAUGGGUAGAUUUGGUAAUCAAAUGGAACAUUUUCUCGGCAUGUUGGCAUUUGCGAAAGCUAUUAAUAGAACUUUAGUUUUACCUCCAUUCGUUGAAUACUAUCUCGAAAAAAGGCAACCUGUCAUGGUUGAUUUUGACAAAUAUUUUUUGGUUGAACCUCUACGUAACUUUCAUAAAGUGAUUGUUAUGCGUGAUUUUAUCAAGAAAAUCGCACCAAAUAUUUGGCCACCGAAUGAAAGGAAAGCAUUUUGUUGGCAACCGCGUCAAAGUAUCUAUGAUACAAGGAAAUCAUCCGGAUGUCAUGCCAAAGAGGGAAAUCCAUUUGGUGCAUUUUGGGAUUAUUCGAAUAUAAGUUUUAUGGACGAUAUUUAUUACGCUUCAGAUUUUCCUGAGGCUCAUUUAAUUAACUUGGCGAGAGUUCGAAAAAAGUGGGACGAGAAAUUUCCAGCUGAUCGAUAUCCAGUUUUAUCAUUCAUUUCGGCUCCGGCAGCAUUUCCAGCACGAACAGAUCAUCACCACUUGCAGAGAUAUCUUCAUUGGUCAAAAAAAAUUGUGGCAGAGGCUAGUAAAUAUGUAGCAAAAUCACUUGAAAGACCAUUUAUUGGUAUUCACUUGCGGAAUGACGUAGACUGGGUUGCGAAGAAAGCAUCAGAGUUGAAAGCACGAUCAGUAUUCGUAUCAAGUGAUCGAAAUCAUUAUAUCGAUGAAUUAAGACAAGAAUUGGCUUUUUUACGGAUUGUUGUGCAGCGUCGAUAUCCCGAAAAUCUACAUGUAAAUUUAGCGAUCAUUUCAAUAGCAGAUCAUUUUAUUGGCAAUUGUGUGUCCACUUUAAGCGCAUUUAUAUAUCGGCAGAGGAAGUAUGCGUCAAGCGUUCCAAGAUCUUCAUCAUUUUUUGCUCAGAAUUAUUUUAUGGAAAAUAAAGAUGAACUGUAA